AUGCUUGUCUCCAGAACAUCAACGCGCGGCGCGUUCAGACGCUCCUUCUCGACCACAUCUUCAAAAUGUACGGAAGCACCCGUCAUGAAUCGCUACAGUCGCGUCAUCACCCAGCCUAAGGACCAAGGCGCGAGCCAGGCCAUGUUAUACGCGACGGAUGGUAUUAAAACCGACGAUGACUUCAAUAAAGCUAUGGUCGGAGUCGCCAGCAUAUGGUAUGAAGGGAAUCCCUGCAACAAGCAUCUUUUAGGGCUGGGACAUGAAGUUCGCAACUCCCUCUACGAGAACAAUCUUAUUGGGUAUCAGUUUGGGGUGGUGGGCGUCAGCGACGGGAUUAGCAUGGGCACUCGCGGAAUGUCCUAUUCCCUGCAGUCCCGCGAUCUCAUCGCAGACCAAGUAGAAACUGCUGCGGGCGGACACCAUCUGGAUGGAAUGGUAGUCGUCCCGGGUUGCGACAAGAACAUGCCUGGCGUCUUAAUGGCUCACCCGGGCUUAUGGUCUAUGGUGGAACAAUUCGACCUGGCUCUUGCGAAGGAGCACCACAACUCGAUAUCGUUUCCGCCUUCCAAUCUUAUGGCAAAUAUCUUGCGGCAGGCAAAAACUGCCGCCGCCGAGAAAGAGCGAUAUGACACAAAUCGACAUGCCUGCCCAGGUCCGGGUGCUUGUGGAGGCAUGUACACAGCCAACACUAUGGCCAGUGCAGCGGAGGCAUUGGGAAUGACGCUUCCCGGCUCCUCUUCGUUCCCUGCAGAGUCCAAGGAGAAGGCAGAAGAAUGUGCGGCGAUUGGUCCUGCGAUGCACAAUCUCCUUGUUAAAAAUAUCCUGCCUCGGGAUAUAAUGACGCGGGCAGCGUUUGAGAAUGCAAUGGUCCUAACUAUGAUCCUUGGCGGAUCGACCAACGCUGUGUUACACCUCAUCGCUGUUGCACACUCCGUUGGUGUCGAACUUUCCAUCGACGACUUCCAAAAUGUUUCCGACCGCACUCCACUUCUCGCGGAUCUCAAGCCCAGUGGACAAUACGUGAUGGAGCAUGUCUUUAAGAUUGGUGGUAUUCCGAAAAUUCUCGCAUUCCUGCUCAAAAACAAUUUAAUUGAUGGAAAUACGCUUACGGUAACCGGAAAAACACUUGGAGAGAAUCUCGAGGCCUGGACCCACAAAUAUGGCGAAUUGGAUUUUAAUACUCAGGACGUCAUCCGACCGAUCGGCCAGGCCAUUAAGGAAACUGGCCACAUCCGCAUACUCAAGGGCAACCUAGCCCCCGGCGGUGCUGUGGCCAAAAUCACGGGCAAAGAAGGCCUUGGAUUCACUGGUAGAGCACGCGCAUUCGACACAGAAGCCGACUUCUUCGAUGCUGUCGAGGCUGGUUCCAUCAAAAAGGGCGAAAAAACGGUUGUUGUUCUGCGGUAUCUCGGUCCGAAGGGUGGGCCAGGAAUGCCCGAAAUGCUCAAGCCUACAAGCUUGAUUAUGGGCGCAGGCCUUGGGCAUGACGUUGCCUGUAUUACGGAUGGACGUUUCAGCGGCGGUUCCCAUGGAUUCUGCAUUGGUCAUGUCGUGCCGGAAGCUCAAGUUGGAGGGCCUAUUGCACUCGUUCGUGAUGGAGAUGUCAUCUCAGUGGAUGCUAUCGCCAACACCAUCCAACUCCAUGUACCUGACAACGAGCUGGCAGAUCGCCGCGCUCAAUGGGUAGCUCCUCCUCUCAAGGCGACGCAGGGCACAUUAUUCAAAUACAUAAAAAACGUCACCGAUGCAAGUCGGGGCUGCAUCACAGACGCAUAG